AUGUCUAAAGGACCAGCUAUUGGAAUUGACUUGGGUACAACAUAUUCAUGUGUAGGUAUUUUUCAACAUGGUAAGGUCGAAAUAAUUGCCAACGAUCAGGGAAAUCGAACAACACCCAGUUAUGUUGCCUUUACUGAUAGUGAACGUUUAAUUGGAGAUGCAGCCAAGAAUCAAGUUGCUAUGAAUCCAUCAAAUACUGUCUUUGAUGCAAAGCGUCUUAUUGGCAGAAAAUUUGAUGAUCAUACAGUUCAAGCUGACAUGAAACAUUGGCCAUUCAAGGUUGUUAGUGACGGCGGAAAACCGAAAAUACAAGUAGAUUAUAAAAAUGAAACAAAAUCAUUUUUUCCUGAAGAAAUCUCGUCCAUGGUAUUGAUUAAAAUGAGAGAAAUUGCCGAAGCUUAUUUAGGAAAAAAGGUCAGUGAUGCUGUUGUAACAGUUCCGGCAUAUUUCAAUGAUUCACAACGACAAGCAACAAAGGACGCUGGUGUUAUUGCUGGUCUUAACGUGUUGCGAAUCAUCAAUGAGCCGACAGCUGCUGCCAUUGCAUACGGCUUAGAUAAAAAAGUUGCAGCCGAACGAAACGUUUUAAUUUUUGAUUUGGGUGGUGGUACAUUUGAUGUUAGUAUUUUGACAAUAGAAGAAGGAAUUUUUGAAGUAAAAUCAACAGCCGGAGAUACACAUUUAGGAGGUGAAGAUUUUGAUAAUAGAAUGGUACAACAUUUUGUUCAAGAGUUUAAGAGAAAAAAUGGAAAAGAUAUUAGUGAAAACAAACGCGGAGUACGCCGAUUGCGUACAGCAUGCGAACGUGCGAAGCGUACACUAUCAUCAUCAUCUCAAGCAUCAAUUGAAAUUGAUUCAUUACAUGAAGGUAUUGAUUUUUAUUCAACUGUUACACGUGCUCGAUUUGAAGAAUUAAAUGCGGAUUUAUUUCGAUCAACAUUGGAGCCAGUUGAAAAAUCAUUACGUGAUGCUAAAAUGGAUAAAGCUCAAAUACAUGAAAUUGUUCUUGUUGGUGGUUCAACUCGUAUUCCAAAAGUACAAAAACUGUUACAGGAUUAUUUCAAUGGAAAAGAGCUAAACAAAUCGAUUAAUCCCGAUGAAGCCGUUGCAUAUGGUGCCGCAAUUCAAGCUGCUAUCUUGACAGGCGAUAAAUCUGACGAAGUCAAAGACUUAUUGUUAUUAGAUGUAGCUCCAUUAUCAUUAGGUAUUGAAACAGCUGGUGGUGUGAUGACUGCGCUGAUUAAACGAAAUACAACCAUACCAACAAAACAAACACAAACAUUUACGACGUAUUCUGAUAAUCAACCAGGUGUAUUAAUUCAAGUAUAUGAAGGAGAACGAACGAUGACCAAAGAUAAUCAUUUACUUGGAAAGUUUGAAUUGAGUGGAAUUCCGCCUGCACCACGUGGUGUUCCACAGGUUGAAGUCACAUUCGAUAUUGAUGCAAACGGUAUCUUGAAUGUCUCAGCUUCGGAUAAAUCAACUGGUCGUGAAAAUAAAAUAACCAUUACAAAUGACAAGGGUCGAUUGUCAAAAGAUGAAAUUGAACGUAUGGUGGCAGACGCUGAAAAAUAUAAAAAAGAAGAUGAAACGCAACGUGAUCGUAUAUCAGCAAAAAAUUCACUAGAAUCCUAUUGUUUUAAUAUGAAAUCAACAAUUUCUGAUGAAAAACUGGCUGAUAAAUUGGGAGCUGAUGAUAAGAAAACAAUUGAAGACACGAUUGAAACAACACUGAAGUGGUUAGAAGCAAAUCAACUGGCAGAAAAAGAAGAGUUUGAACAUAAAUUGAAAGAAGUCGAAAAACAAUGUUCACCAAUUAUUACGAAAUUAUAUGGUGGGGCACAAGGAGGUGGUAUGCCAAAUAUGCCUCCGGGUGGAUUCCCAGGUGCUGGCGGAGCGGCUCCAGGUGGCUCAGGUGCCGGUGGCCCAACAAUUGAAGAAGUUGAUUAA